ACGCCACGUCCAUUGCUUGUCAUUGCGGGCCAUAGCACGCUCGGUGUCGUGUUGAAAGAUGGGUAUCGCAGGACUAUGGGAUGUCUUGAAGCCCGCCGCGGUCAAGCGGUCCAUGCUCGAGCUGCCCGUCUCAGAGGGCUUUGAGAAGAAUCCCAAGAACCUGCGGGGCUUCAGGAUAGGCAUAGACGCGAGCAUCUGGUUCUUUCACGCCGAGUACGGGAAGGAGGGCGAGAACCCCGAACUGCGAACACUCUUUUUCCGAUGCGCGACCCUUAUGCACGCGCCUUGGCUGCCCUUGUUCGUGUUCGAUGGGCCAAAGCGACCGAGCUGGAAGAGGGGCAAGCGGAUCAGCAAGAACAACCACGCGUUGAUCAAUGGCAUGAAGGGGAUUGUCGAGGCAUUCGGCUACGAGUGGAGGAUGGCUCCCGGCGAAGCAGAAGCCGAGCUGGCGUAUCUCAACCGCAUAGGCAUCAUAGACGGUGUGCUAUCUGACGACUCGGACAACUUCCUGUUCGGAGCUCUGACCGUCAUUCGAAACCCCAGCAACAACCUAUCCGCCAACCGCGCGAAACCAGUCUUGAACUCCGAGGGAAGGGACGACAAACAGCAUACGAUGGUCUACAGACUCGCGGACAUCACCUCCCAGCUCGAGCUCACCCGCGGCGGCCUCAUCCUCAUCGGCCUUAUGGCCGGCGGGGACUACGAGCAAGCCGGCCUCCCCGAUUGCGGUAUCAAGGUCGCCACGGGCCUCGCGCGCUGCGGCUUUGGCGACACCCUCUACGACGCUGCCAACACGCUCGAUGACGACGCGCUGGAGGACUUCCUCGAGAACUGGCGCAACGAACUUCGGCACGAGCUGCGGACCAACGCGCAGGGCAAGCUGCCCUCGAAGCGCAAGAAGCUCGCCGACGCGCUCCCGGAGUCGUUCCCCAGCAUCAAGGUGCUGAGGAGCUAUACAUGCCCAAUUACGACGGAGAGCAUGGGCCGCGAGGAAAACAACCUGAAGAUAACGUGGGGGAAGGACCCGAAUAUGGCCGCUCUGGCGAGGACGUGCGAGAUGCACUUUGAGUGGGGCUUCAAGGAUAUCAUUGUCAAGAGGUUCAGGACGGUGGUGUGGCCUGGGGCUAUCCUGAGGAUUCUGCGCCGGGCGGUGCUGGAUGCGGAUGCAAGGCGGGCGCGAUUAGGUGUGCCCUCAACACCGCGCAAGCAUCGGGGUCGGGAAGACGAGGACGAGGGCGCGCCGGGCUCCCCGUCGAAGCUGGUGGCCAAGUACCUGUCCGGCCUGACGCUGGAUUCUCCGGGAGCACGCGACCACUCCGACUCCGACUCUGACGACGAGGACAAGGACGAUAUGGUGCUCAAGAUCCACUCCUCGCGCACGCACGCGUCCACGGACGGCAUGCUCGAGUACCGGCUCGAGGUCGCGCCUCGCGCGCUCGUGCGCGCGGCCGAGUCCGGCGUUCUGGGCACACGGAGGCCGAUGGAUGAGGACGAGUGGUCGGCCGACUCGGACAGUGGGGAGGAUUUUGACUCCGAUGGCGAACCCGCGAAGAGGGUCAAAGGAGCCAAGGGCACGAAGAAGGCACCUCCCGCGCCGGAAAGCACGUUGCGCGUGUGGGUGCCGGCGGUGAUGGUGCGGAUGACGCAUCCGAGGAUGGUGAGGGAGUUCGAGGAGAAGCAGGCGGCGAAGCGGGCGAAGGGGAAGGGGAAGGCAUCUACCGCUGGUGGCAAGAAGGCGUCGAGCUCUGCUAAGGUCUCGGCCAGUACGGCGAAGUCGUCUACGACCGGUGGCAAGAAGGCUACAGCGGCGAGGAAAGCCAGGGCUCCCGCGAUAUCCGAGGAAGAGGAAGAAGAGGACGACGAUGUUGCCCCCGCCCCCGCGUCUUCGAAAGGGAAGAAGGCGGAUGCGGCGAAGCCAGCACCUUUGCGCUCGCGCACCAACAGCAGCCAAUUGUCGCGCGCGAGCAGCGGCCAGAUGUCGCGAACCGGGACCUCUUUGCUCGAUGAUCUCGACGCGUUGUCCUCGUCGGCCAAGCUGAAGAGAGCUGCCAAGAGGCCGGCCAACGCUACAUCCAGACCCAAGCCAGCCAGCCAGACGUCCAAGCCGCGCGCGCCAGCUACACUGCCUCUUUUUGAAGAGGAGGAGAGUCCCCCUCGACCCCCUGCCCGACCACCUAGACGGAUGACUCUCGACUCCGACGAUGAUUCGGAUGACGAGCUGCCGUCGAAUGUUCUGAGCAAGUUGAAGGGUCCGUCUCGAGCGGCAUCGAAGCAGCCUGCUCCGCCACCGAAGUUGAAGUACGUCUCGAUAUCAUCGUCGGACGAAGAGGACGAUGGCUUUUUGCCGGACCCGGGCGAUGUCUUCUCGAGUCCGUCGAAAGCUUCGAGCAGCAGAGCUUCUGCUCCUUCGCGUAGCUCACGCAAGAACACCGCGCCGUCCUCUGAUCCCGAUUCCGAUGUGGUAACCGUCAACAAGUCGCCCCGACGCUCGAGGGAGCAUUCAUCGCCGCGCAAGAGGCGUCCCACUCGGCGCACUUCACCUUCUUCUCCCGUCCGGCGACUCUCGCCUUUACCGUCUCGGGCCCCAUCCCCAUCGCCCAUACGCAAACGACCGACUGCGUCCACCAAGAUGGCGGACGUCUCUAUCAUCGAGCUCACCAGCGACGAGGGCACACCUGCGAAACCCCCGCCUCCGAAGACGGGUAUGUCGUCUCUGCAAGCCGCGCGGCUGCGGAUCCAGGCGCGGACUGGAGAGGGCAUGGCACAACGGACUAUGCUAGACUUUGCGAGGACUAAGAAGAGUACGACGGUGAAGACGGGCGGCAAGCAGACCUACAACGCUGCUCCUGGCACUGUUAUCGACUUGACGAUUUAGUGACCGCGACUGUAUAUGCUCUCGUCCAUCUACUCUAUAUUUUGUAUCUAUAUCUACAUCUAUUUUUAGCGUAUCUUGACUUGUAAACCUACUUGUCUGUCUCAAGUGUAGCGAAACAAAGUGAAUACGAACCUCGCGC